UUAGUUUUAAACCAUUGUUGAUCAAAUUUAAUGAAAUAAAUAUGUAAUCUCGCUACAAAUACACAACGAAAGAAAGCUAGAAAACAAUGGAUCCAACCACCAUCGCAACCACCACUACCGCAGUCCUAACAACCAAACGUAGCAACCGGAGUUGCCGGUUAGUGUUGCUGCCAUACCCUCUCCAAGGCCACAUAAACCCUAUGCUUCAACUAGCAAACAUACUUUACUCAAAAGGCUUUUCGAUCACCAUCCUUCAUACUCAUUACAACUCUCCAAAUCCUGUUAACCACCCUAACUUCAACUUUGUCCCAAUCCCGGGUGUGGCAGAAGAGAAGUACCCGGUUUCUAGCAUUGACAAUUUGAUAAGUUUAAUGCGGUAUCUUAACGACAAGUGCAUGGGCGCGGUUGAGGACUGCUUGGAGCGAAUGGCGUUGGAAGAUGAGGGAGUUGCGUGUUUAGUCACGGAUGCUCAAUGGUUCGCGACUCAAAGUAUCGCGGAUAGACUCAAAUUCCCAAGGAUUGUUAACUGGACUAGUAAUGUGUCCACUUUUCUAACGUUUGCCGCCGUCCCACUCCUACGUGACAUGGGUUAUGUCCGAAAGUUCACCGAUCAAGAAAAACGGUCAGACGCAUUGGUGUCCGGAGUUGAAUUGCUAAAAGUGAGAGAUCUAUCGAGCUUCCUUACUAGCGACCCAAAGGGUGCGAGCGAGUUGAUGGAACUCCUGGUUUUAGGAGUAAAGCCGGCACAAGCCAUAAUAUGGAACACGGUCAAGGAGCUUGAAGAACUCGAGCUACCAAAACUUAGCCACGAUUUCCCAAGCUCACAUUUUUUAAUAGGACCAUUGCACAAGUACUUCCCACCGUUGUCGAGCAGCCUUCUAACACAAGACCAAACAUGCAUUUCAUGGUUAGACAAACAAGCACCAAACUCUGUAUUAUAUGUUAGUUUUGGAAGUCUAGCCGGCGUGGAAGAAUCUCAGUUCCAAGAGAUCGCGUGGGGUUUAGCUAAUAGCAAGCAACCAUUUCUAUGGGUUGUUAGACCGGGGUCCAUACAAGGGUCAGAGUGGCUCGAGUCAUUGCUAGAUGGAUAUUUGGAAAAAAUCGUUGAGGGAAAAGGGUAUAUUGUGAAAUGGGCUCCACAACAAGAGGUAUUAGCCCAUUUCGCAAUAGGUGGGUUUCUGACACAUAAUGGAUGGAACUCGACGCUUGAGAGCAUUUGUGAGGGUGUUCCUAUGAUUUGUUCGCCACGGUUUGGUGAUCAACUUACGAUUGCAAGAUAUGUUACUGAUGUUUGGAAAAUUGGUGUCGAAUUGAAGAAUGGAUUGGAAAGGGUAGAAAUUGAAGGGGCGAUAAAGAGAUUAAUGGCUGAUCCAGAAGGGCUAGAAAUAAGGGCUAGAGUUAAUAAUUUGAAGGAGAAAGUUAACAAUUGCCUUAAGAAAGGAGGUUCGUCAUACUCGUCACUUGAAGAUUUAGUUAAUUACAUCUUAUCAUUCAAAGGAGGAAUUAAGUAAGUGUAGAUUGUCAAUAUUAGUGAUUCUCUUUUUUAAGUUGAGUUUACUGUCUAUCUUUCAUCUAGGUUUUCAUUUUAUGAAUCGAAAUUUCCUUGUAAAUUAGAUUUAAACAAUUACUCUUAUGUUUUUAGAUCUCCCUGCAAUGCACACGUGAAAAUGUGAAAUACGUGUCGAUAGAACUCAUAUGGAAUAUUUAAUAUCUAAUGCAAAACCAAUUUGGCUA